AUGAGGCAUCAUACUGUUAUUGCAUGUCUUGUCCAAUUAUCUUCCUUGACAUUAGGAUUCUGCCCAAACUACACACCGAGAAGGAACGACCCACAUUAUGGUCUCUCACCUGACCUAUUAUCCCUACAGCCUAGACUACCGACCGUGGUGAAGGUCCAAGCCAGCAGUGAUGUUUUUUCUUCGACGAGCAAGAAGGAAGCAGCAUCACUAGCUAAUCCUUCCGCUCGAUCUGUGGCAGUGUUUUCAUUGAUGGAUAGCCUUGGCAAGAAGAAUCGUUCUUUUGCAGUUCAGCAUUUGGAAAAUGACCCAGACUACCAGCGUCUGGAAAAACGAGACAAAGCUUUUGCUCGACUAUUAUUCUCAACAGUGGAACGCCGACAAGGACAGAUUGACAAGGUCGUCUCCAGCUUUACGAGGUCAAAUAAAUCUCAAAAGAUUAAAGCUGCUGACAGGCUUUGUAGGUCAGCCAUUUCAAUUGGUGCUGCUCAAAUACUUUUCCUGGGUGUGGCAGAACACGCUGCCAUCCAUGAUACAGUCGAGGUGCUUCGGAUGCAUCCAAAGAUCAAAAUAUCCAAACCGCAGAUUAAUUUUGUAAACGCCAUCCUUAGAAAUGUUCAAAGGAAAGGAAUGGUAGAGCUUGAAACGAACACAACAAUCUAUGACAACAUCGAACCCUGGCUCGCCAAGGAAUGGAUAGAAACAUACGGGGAGGAGAAAGCGAAGGUUAUCGCGGAAGCUUCCAUGGGUCAGUCACCAAUCUUUAUUUCAGUCAAACGUGAUUCGCAAAGCAAUGAGGCACAACACGAGGAAAAACUGAAACGGAUACGCGAUUGCUUUUCGACUGCUGGUGGUGGAGAUGAAGCAACCAUUCUACCGCAUGGAUCGAUUGAAAUUCCAAAACAUCAGAACUUUGGCGGUGUAUCGCAGUGGCCUCUAUAUAAAGACGGAGAGUGGUGGGUCCAGGAUCCUUCCGCUUCCCUUCCGGCGAUUGCCCUGCACAAUGCACUUUGCAAACUGGAGGACAACCAACAAAAAAAGGAAGCCAUGCACAUUGUAGAUCUUUGCAGUGCUCCAGGUGGAAAGACUUCCCAGCUUUGCUCAUUUGGCUUUGGAAAAGUCACAGCAAUCGAAGUCAGCAAGAAAAGGAUCCGACCAUUGCAGGAAAACAUGGCCCGGCUGAAGAUGGAGGAGAAGUGCGAAAUUGUGGUGGCCGAUGGGCGCGAAUGGAUUCCCAGUGACGACUCGAACCCAGUAUACGGAGUUUUGGCGGACGUUCCUUGCAGUGCCACUGGGGUCGGCAGUAGACGUCCCGACGUUUUGAGAAAGCAAGCAGAUGUUCUGGAGGAACUUUUAACAACCCAGCGAGAGCUUGCGGUUCAUGCUGCGGAUGACAUAUUGGCAGUUGGUGGUACUAUGGUUUAUGCCACCUGUUCUUUGCUGAAACAAGAGAGCGAAGACCAAGUAAAGUGGCUUCUGUCCCGACAAGACGGAGCAGUCAUGGAGACUGACCCAAUCAUGCGAGGAGAAAUUCCUGGCUUUGAUGAUGCCAUAGACGAAAAUGGAUGGCUUCGAGUCCUACCAGGCAUCCUUUCAGGAAGUCUGAAAUAUUGCGAUGGUUUCUUUGUUGCAAGACUUAAGCGAAUAAGAUGA